AUGGCUUCAAGGGAACUUCAUUUGCUGAUCACAGCUUUGAUUUUGGUUGUGGGGGAAUGCAAGGAAGACGAGCAGUACCAACUAAGGGCUAACGAUUUAAAGAAAAGCGUUUUCGAAAAAAGGAAGAAUCCUUGCAAACCAGACGAGUUCAAGUGCGACAUCGAGACCUGCUUACCACGUGACUCGACCUGUGAUGGCCACGUCGAUUGUAAGGACUCGUCCGAUGAAACUUUCUGUAUUCCCUGCAGCCAGUCUAACAGUUUCCUGUGCACCAACAAUAAAUGCAUUCCCACCUACAGUAGAUGCGAUGGUGCCAACGACUGCGGCGAUGGAUCCGACGAAGAGAAAUGUAAUGUAUCAAUCGUGUCCUUAGAAAACGAAAGUGCCAAUUUGACGUUCACCAUUCCCAACACAAAACAAGCGAAUGGAUCCGUUUUAAUUACCAUCGGUAACGGAGUCCCCCCGGCUGGUAGCAAUUUUGUUUUCCUGUACCCAAUGACCUGGAGCUUUAAAUUUAAGACUAACCACACGGUGAGGGUGGAUCAGGCAAAGAGGAAAGUGGAAAUACAAAUUAAAAAUGUGACUGCUAAGGAUGCUGGUCAUUACAAAUGUUAUGUGGGAGCCAGUGAUAUAGUUGUGGAUGAUUGUGGGCUGACAUUCGUUGUACUGCGCAAACCCAAUCCCCCAGAGGUCAUCGUACUGUCCAGACCGCUGGUUGGCGACACACUGAAACUCUCCUGCAAACCUCACUCCACGAGCCUACCCCCUGACCACGGGCUUCCCUCCCGUAUUUGGUGGUUGGACCAGAUGGGUGUUAGCCUGGUUCCAGGGUCUAAUCAACGAGGUAAUUCUCCACGCUCGUUCCUGGUAAAUGCUAGAAAUGAAUUAGAGCUGAGUUCAAUCAGUUCAACAGACAAAGGCCUCAAAUUUUCUUGCAAGUCUGCGGACGGAAAACCGGACUAUCCUAAAGAAAAGCUUCUGAUGUCUGCCGCAAGUACUACGUAUGUUUUGGUUCCAGAAUUUAAACCACUUGUAGCUAACAUGACAAUAACACCACCGGCUACUCCCAAUGGGCAGAUUUCUAAAAACAUUGGAGACCAAAUCAGCUACACCUGUGACAUUCAAUGUUCCCCUCCGUGUGAGGUGAAAUGGUUGUUUAAACCCAACGACAAAAUCAAUUUUACCCAAGUGGUUUCACAAGUGGAUACCAAGAUUUUGAAAGUUGUGGUCAACUCUUCUUCGAUUGGAGUCUACAGGUGUCUGGGAUCCAAUCCACAUGGGUCUGUUCUAAAAGAUUUCAAUCUUAAUGUCCAAGUUCGGUGGGUUGCAGAUCUACCUGAAGUUGUGACGAGGCGACCGGGUGCCAAUGGACAGAGCAAGGAGAUCAUUGCGUGAUAAACUGCGUGCAACACUUCUGUUGAAACAUUUGCUUUUGGAACAGUUUCUAUUAUUUAAUGUCCUUAUUUUCUGUAAUUAUAUUUAGGAAAUCAAUUAUAAUUUUUAAUAAUUGAGAGUAAAACACCAGAAUGUAACAUGUAUGAAAAAUAAAAUUUAAAUCUUUUAUCCUAUUAUAUGUGUACUUGCUAUAAAGCCAAUCCGAAAACAGGCAGCCAAAAAAUGUUUUCAGUUUUUCAUGGUCAUUUACGAAGGAUGUUAUUUGAUGUGAAAAAAAUUAUACAAACGUAACAAUUUUAUUGUCAAUUAUUUACUACAAAGAAACAAACUAAUUUAUAAUCGAUGCCACAC